AUGGCGCUGACCUGUGUGGUCUUCGUCUUCGUUCUUCUGACGGGCUACCAGUCACUCAAGCACAACUACAUACAGAAUCCUCUCCAACAUGUCUUGAACAACAGCACAAUUCCCUCGUUUUUCAAGGACUUUGAUCCAUUCUGGACCACCGAGCAGCUUGAGCCCCGAUUCGGCAGCGAAUACGAUCAGGUCUUGAUUUUCCCGAGCCAGUGGACGGAAGGAGAUUCAAAGGAAGCAAAAGCUAUCAGGAACAUCCAGACCGCACUUCCCAAGCUUGGCCUCCGUCCCUUUGAGCUUCUCACCACGCACAAGGGCGACAUAACAUGGGCCAAGAGCCUCACCAAGUUCCACGCGUUCAACCUGACCGACUACACGCGCGUCCUCGCGUUCGACUCGGACUCGCAGGUGCUCAAUAACAUGGACCACUACUUCCUCGCCCCGCUGGCCGCCCUCGCGGUCCCGCGCGCGUACUGGCUGAACGACAAGGACGCGGCCAUCGCCGAGCAGGUGCUGGGCUCGCACGUGAUGCUGCUCGAGCCCAACGAGGGGCGGCACAACAGGAUCGUCGGCGAGGCGCUCAGCUCGGGCGACUUCGACAUGGAGGUCAUAAACCACCUGUUCAAGGACUCGGUCAUGAUCCUGCCGCACCGGCGGCUGGCCCUCCUGACGGGCGAGUUCCGCGCCAAGGACCACCGGAGGUACCUCGCGCCCGACGAGGACGACGACUGGAACGCGAUGUGCGAGGUCUCGAGGGCGUACUUGGUCCACUUUAGCGACUGGCCGCUGCCGAAGCCCUGGAGGCACCACUCUGAUGCUGACUGGGAGAAGGUCCGGCCCGAGUGUGACGAGGACGAAAAGGAGAAGGACGACCGGCCGAGAUGUGCUGAUCGCGUGAUGUGGGAGGGGUUCUAUGAGGACUACAACAUGGACAAGGCCCAGUACUGCGCGCCUCUAAUGUAA